AAAGGAAAUGCCAGUCUUUCUGUGGGGACUCAGCGCCCCCAUGUGGCAGAAAGUGAUGCUGUGCGCAAGUGCGUGACGAAGUCAAGUGGAUUUGCAACCUCUCCUCCUGGUCUAACUCAAGUAUCCCUCCACACUCAUUCAGUUGCAGGACUUUUGAGGGAGAGAGACUAAAAUCUCAGUAAGCCAUGGAGAAGAUCUGGUGUCUUCUUACUUGCCUUCUCGUUGUCCUGGUGCGUUUAGGCGCCGGUCAGGACCAUUUACGCGCGCCUGUUGGCCCCUGGAGACAGCGCAUUCAGUGGGAGAAUAACGGUCAGGUGUACAGUUUGCUCAGCACUGGGACUCAGUAUCGCUUGCCUUCCCAGAACAGGAGACGCACCCAGAUGUUACUAACAACAAAAAACAAUUUAAACCAAGUCAACCCUCCUGUUGCGCUCAUGAGAGUCACCAGAACCAGGUCUAUGAGCCUCCAAGACUCGGAUCACUCUGAGCAAAAUGACCAAAUAGACACGUCGCUUCUUGGAGCAGAUGUGCAGUACCUCCUGUCCGCGGUUCGGACCGGCACACAGAGUCAGUCCAAUGUGGCUGUGGAUUAUCACUCAAGCCAGGCUCCGGCUAACAGUAGCGCUUCUGUUUUCAUCCAGGAGUUUUCCGGCAGCGGAAUCCCCAGAGGAGGCCGGGGUACUGCUGCGGAGGACAGCGGCGCGCAACAGACCACUGCGCCACCAACAAGAGCGCAGCAUUUGACGCACAGCCAAGUCGAUAGAAGCUCCCCUGAGGGCUCGGAUUCAGUCCACACAUCAUCUUGGGUCAACCUGGUUAGUGACGGUCGAGUCACCCCGCAGAUCAGAACGCAAUCCCUGACCAGAGUCACUCCAGAGGUGGAUGAUUCCAGCAACACUGUUGAGACUCAGUUCCCUCCUAGGAGUCCAGAUACAACAGGUGCAGGUGAUCCUCGGGAUCCACACAGCAUCCACCACAGGAAUUCGGUUUUCUAUAAUAUUUACCCAGCAGACCGCAGGAACCGGCUGAACGCGCGCAACCCACCGGGCACCGGCCACGGCACCAGGUUCUUCCACAACGGUCUCCCAGACCUGAUCCCUGACCCGUACUACAUCCAAGCAGCCUUGUACAUCCAGAGAGUACAGAUGUAUGCACUUCGCUGUGCAGCUGAAGAAAACUGCCUUUCCAGGUCUGCAUAUGGUCCGAGUGUGAGUGACCUGGAGUACAGAGUCUUACUGCGCUUCCCACAAAGAGUGAAGAACCAGGGAACUGCAGACUUCCUCCCUGUCAAACCCAGACAUGAGUGGGAAUGGCACAGCUGUCACCAACAUUACCACAGCAUGGAGGCCUUCAGUAACUACGACCUUCUGGACGUCGCCACUGGACAGAAGGUUGCUGAGGGGCACAAAGCCAGCUUCUGUCUGGAGGACACCUCAUGUGACCCGGGAGUACGGCGACGCUUUGCCUGCACUGCUCACACACAGGGGCUUGGUCCUGGAUGCUAUGAUACAUAUCAUGCUAACAUUGACUGCCAGUGGAUCGAUAUCACUGAUGUGUCACCUGGAAAUUACGUUCUCAAGGUGAUGGUGAACCCCUCCCAGCUGGUCCAGGAGUCCGACUUCUCCAACAACGAGCUCUGGUGUGACAUCAGAUACACGGGAAGCUACGUCCAGGCAAGAAACUGCAGGAUUGUUGUGAGCUGACCUGCAGAAGACACAGACAUGUGCUUAAUAACCUUUAGUUGUUCUUAAAGUAAAGCUGCUACUGUUUUGAUGCUGUUUCAUUGUUUGCUACUCUGUAGUAGCAAACAAUGAUAAUCCUUGGUAAUCCUGCCCCCCUUCUUAAAAAGUAUUCUCAUUCCAACAGCUGGAUUUAUCCUCAUUUUGCUACAGUAACAAAAGAAGAAUGUAUUUAAACAUGUUUUAUGAAUCUAUACCAGACUUAUUCAUAUGUGUGAAAGAGGCUUUAAAUGAUAUGUUGUACCUAAUGAUAGAUAAGCCUAAUAUAGCGUUAUUUAUACGAACAAAAAUAGCUCAGUAUAUAUAAGCAAUACAAGACAGAAGUUAACUAAUAAAUGUAUGCCUGCCUUACAUGCAAGAAAAUGUGUUUCCUAGAUUUACAUAAGUGUCAACUAUGAAGUAAAAGGCCAAUUUUGCUUUAUUUCUGUAUUUCAAGUUGUGUGACUUUUUUCCUUCUGUCUAUUUUAAUGUAUUUUAUUGCAGUGUUUGCUUUUUGUGUUUUGGUUUGACAUUGUUUGGCACUUUGAUUUUCACUAGAGUUUUAUAAAGGGCUUCAUAAAUAAAGUUGAAUUGAGUUUUAAUAGACAUUGCCCAGUCUUUUCCACUGUGAGAUUGAGCUGAUAGAACAAUUUCUUUGAAUUUUUUUUCUGUCUUACACUAGAUGUUUUUCUGGGUUUCUGUUUAAACACAGGGAAUCCAUUCAUGACCAAUUUUGAAGCAGAAUUAUUCCUGCUGAUGAAAGCAUGCAAUCACCGAAAACUGAGGAGCAUUUUAAUGUUGGGUGGUUCAUUGCUUGACUUCUCCGAGAAAUAGCUGCAAUUAUUGCACUUUGCAUGUUCAUGUCUGGGAAAUAGCAGGAAAAUAAACACUGCAUCACA